AUGGGGGUGUUCGCUCAGGCCGAUGGCUCAGCUUAUAUCGAGCAGGGGAAUACCAAGGCGCUGGCAGUGGUUUACGGUCCGCAUGAGGUUCGUGGUGCUCGCAGUAAAGCCCUACAUGACAAAGCAAUGGUGAACUGCCAGUACAGCAUGGCGACCUUCAGCACAGGCGAGCGUAAGCGGAGACCCCAUGGAGACCGCAAGUCGUCAGAGAUGACCCUGCACCUGAAACAGACAUUCGAAGCUGCCAUUUUGACACAGCUUUACCCGCGAUCCCAAAUUGAUAUUUACGUGCAGAUCUUGCAGGCAGAUGGUGGCAACUAUUGCGCCUGUGUCAAUGCGGCGACACUGGCUGUGAUCGACGCAGGAAUCCCCAUGCGGGACUACGUGUGUGCCUGCUCCACAGGCUUUAUCGAGGACACCCCUUUAGUGGACCUCAGCUACAUCGAAGAGUCGGCUGGGGGUCCCCAGGUGGCCCUGGCCCUGCUCCCCAAGUCGCAGCAGAUUGCUUUGCUGGAAAUGAACUCGCGGCUGCAUGAGGACCACCUGGAGAAAGUGGUGGACGCAGCAGCAAAAGCAUGUGGUGACGUGUAUGCUGUUUUGGACCGUGUGGUCAGGGAGCAUGUGCAGGAAGUGACCACGCUGGUGGGGGAGUGAGCCUUGUGGAGAGACGGACUGUUCUUGUAUAUGACACUUGCAUUGUUUCCCUUCAAUAAAAACGUUCUUUCCUUUGUUUGUUCCAAAGGAUUCUGGCCAAA